GCGCGCACACAAGAACAGGCUGACUCGAGGGUAGAGUCACCUUCUCCUGGGGGUGGGGGUAUAAAGGGACAGUCCUGGGCUCGGAGUGUAGAGCAGGAGACGGUGCGAUCUUGGAACGACAAGGAGGAAGAAAAACAUUGAUAAACUACAGUGGCUGUCGAAGUGACGACAUGAUCUGUAAUACCGCACUCUGCUUCGGAAUCCUGGCAAUGCUGUCGGUCCAGGACCUCCUGCUAGCUCAGCCAGUCGCUGAUAUACAGACCCUGUCCAGGUUGCUAGAAGGAGGGACUGACCGUUAUCUUGAACCGGAGGUGAAGGACCGCGAUGUAGAUGGCUUAUCGCUUGCGGCGGUUUCUUCUGAUCAGCUGGACAGCGAACUCUUGCACCGAAAGUUCGGGGGCUUGAGUGCAGGGAACCCCGUUUCUGACGAAGCGCUCGUUCGGAUCUUAAGUGACAUAAUCAAUUCUGCCAAGAGAUAUGGGAGGAAAAACAAAAAGGGCGUUUCCCGGGGUUGCUUCGGAGUGAAACUGGACAGAAUAGGCUCCAUGAGCGGGCUGGGCUGCUGAUGCAAUUAUAACAUGGGACUUAUAACGAAAUUAAAGAAGAUUAUACAUCUGGGACGGGAUGACCAGCUGUCUCUUUCGACUCCGCCCCGGGAAUAUACUGCUUCAACUUCAACAACUGCCAUAAUACACCUCUAUAAUAACACUGUAGCAUCUUUACAAGUGUGUCCCUGAUUAAACUGCACUUGAAUUGGGAUCGGUGUCUGUUUCAUUACUUAUAUCGUCUUUAAAUAGCGUAUUAUGUAUACAUUUUAUUUAUGUGAAUUGUUCAUGG